UUGAGGCUGGAGGAGGCUGAACUGCGUCCCCGCCCAGCCCGCGCCUAUGCGGUACUUGAAGGAUGGCGAAGAGGUCGCGCAGCGAGGAUGAGGAUGAUGACCUUCAGUAUGCUGAUCAUGAUUAUGAAGUACCACAACAAAAAGGAUUGAAGAAACUCUGGAACAGAGUAAAAUGGACAAGAGAUGAGGAUGAUAAGUUAAAGAAGUUGGUUGAACAACAUGGAACUGAUGAUUGGACUCUAAUUGCUAGUCAUCUUCAAAAUCGUUCAGAUUUUCAGUGCCAGCAUCGAUGGCAGAAAGUUUUAAAUCCAGAAUUGAUAAAGGGUCCCUGGACUAAAGAAGAAGAUCAGAGGGUUAUUGAAUUAGUUCAGAAAUAUGGGCCAAAAAGAUGGUCUUUAAUUGCAAAACACUUGAAAGGAAGAAUAGGCAAGCAGUGUAGAGAAAGGUGGCAUAAUCAUCUGAAUCCUGAGGUAAAGAAAUCUUCCUGGACAGAAGAGGAGGACAGGAUCAUCUAUGAAGCACAUAAGCGGUUGGGAAAUCGUUGGGCAGAAAUUGCCAAACUACUUCCUGGAAGGACUGAUAAUUCUAUCAAAAAUCAUUGGAAUUCUACCAUGCGAAGAAAAGUGGAACAGGAGGGCUACUUACAAGAUGGAAUAAAAUCAGAACGAUCUUCAUCGAAACUUCAACACAAACCUUGUGCGACUAUGGACCAUUUGCAAACCCAGAAUCAGUUUUACAUACCUGUUCAGAUUCCAGGCUAUCAGUAUGUGUCACCCGAAGGCAAUUGUGUAGAACAUGUUCAGACUUCUGCGUUUAUUCAGCCACCCUUCAUUGAUGAAGAUCCUGAUAAGGAAAAAAAAAUAAAGGAACUUGAGUUGCUUCUUAUGUCAGCUGAGAAUGAAGUUAGAAGAAAGCGAGUUUCAUCGCAACCUGGAAGCUUUUCUAGCUGGUCUGGUAGUUUCCUCAUGGAUGAUAGCAUGUCUAAUACUCUAAAUAGCCUCGAGGAGCACACUAGUGAGUUUUACAGUAUGGAUGAAAAUCAAACUCUGUCUGCUCAGCAGAAUUCACCCACAAAGUUCCUGGCCGUAGAGGCAAAUGCUGUGCUGUCCUCUCUACAGACCAUCCCAGAAUUUGCAGAGACUCUAGAACUUAUUGAAUCUGAUCCUGUAGCAUGGAGUGAUGUUACCAGUUUUGAUCUUUCUGAUACUGCUGCUUCUCCUGCCAAGUCCACCCCAGUCAAACUAAUGAGAAUUCAACACAACGAUGGAGCCAUGGAAUGUCAAUUUAAUGUCAGCCUUGUACUUGAAGGGAAAAAAAACAGUUGUAAUGGUGCAGACAGUGAGGCUGUUCCUGUAACAUCCCCAAAUGUGGCCAAGUUUAGCACUCCACCAACCAUUCUCAGAAAGAAGAGAAGAAUGCGAGUGGGUCAGUCCCCCAGCAGCGAACAUAGCGAUGGCUCUUUCACUGAUGGCGCUAAUACAGCACUAAAACACACACCAGUGAAAACACUACCAUUUUCUCCUUCACAGUUUUUCAACACAUGCCCUGGAAAUGAACAAAUUAAUAUAGAAAAUCCUCCAUUUACAUCAACCCCUAUUUGUGGGCAGAAAGUUCUCAUUACAACUCCUCUUCACAAGGAAACAACCCCCAAAGAUCAAAAGGAAAAUGUAGGGUUUAGAACACCUACUAUUAGAAGAUCUAUAUUGGGUACCACACCAAGAACUCCUACGCCUUUUAAGAAUGCGCUUGCUGCUCAAGAGAAAAAAUAUGGACCUCUUAAAAUUGUGUCACAGCCACUUGCCUUCUUGGAAGAAGAUAUUCGGGAAGUUUUAAAAGAAGAAACUGGAACAGAUAUAUUCCUCAAAGAGGAAGAUGAACCUGCUUACAAAAGCUGCAAACAGGAGCAUACAGCUUCUGUAAAGAAAGUCAGAAAAUCACUAGUCUUAGAUAAUUGGGAAAAAGAAGAACCAGGUACUCAACUAUUGACUGAAGACAUUUCAGACAUGCAGUCAGAAAAUAUAUUUACAACAUCUUUAUUAAUGAUACCAUUAUUGGAAAUACAUGACAAUAGGUGCAACUUGACUCCUGAAAAACAAGAUAUAAACUCAACCAACAAAACAUAUACACUUAAUAAAAAGAAACCAAACCCUAACACUUCUAAAGUUGUCACAUUGGAAAAGAACCUUCAGUCAAACUGUGAAUGGGAAACAGUGGUUUAUGGGAAGACGGAAGACCAACUUAUCAUGACUGAACAAGCAAGAAGAUAUUUGAGCACCUACACAGCUACCAGCAGUACUUCAAGAGCUCUCAUACUGUAAUUGUUAUUAAAAUUGAUGAAAUGCCCUACUUUUACUGUAUUCUGUACUAAAUUAGGUUGCAAUGAAAUUUUUGUCAAUUAAUUGUUUUUAAAGUUUUAAUAUAACCCUAAAACGGUUUGCAUCUUUUUUCAUAUUGGGCAGGCACGAUGCCCAGCCACUUAAGUAAGGGGUUGGUAAUUUCAUAGUUAAUUUUUUAAGAGAUGAGAUUUUUAAAAAUUGUUUCUAAAAGAACAAGAUGGGAAAACCGUGUUAGAAUGUUUUAAAUAUCCUGAAAGUAAAUUCUCACAUAUUUUCUUCAGAAGAUGUAUGUUCCUACUCUCUUGAUGCUGCAGUUUUGUUACGAAUAGGUUAUGAGUAUGUGUGAUUUCUGUAAUUAGUCUAUGUAUGGGAAGCACACAUGGUUUUAUGAAGUACUUUUGCCUACGUGCUGACUGACUUAGGCUACUAUUUACAAAGAAAUACAGUGGAAAGAAAUUGAAAAGAAGGAGAGAAAGUUGCACUACUAAUUUUUGGUAUUUUUCAAAAACUAUA